GGGAAAGCAAUGUUAGGACUUUCAUAACAAAAAAAAUAAAGCGACAAGGAACUUGACCCUCUUCUUUUGCUGGCCUUGAUGUAGCUGUGGUGUUCCUCCUUUCUUAUGGCAGUUGUAGACAGAGUCAAACCCUUGUCUUGAUCCACAGUGAGAUUUCCUUCUCUUCUGCACUCCUCAUGGAAUUUUCUCUUUUUUUUUCUCCAUCAGGUCAGAAACAGGAGAAUCAGAAUUAUAUUGAUCUACUUCUUCUGCCACUGAAAAGAGAGGAGACUCUCACCUGAAUUUACAUGAAAGAAUCCAUGUGAAAAAAGCAAUAUAAAUACACAGAAUUUGGAUGGAGCUUCAGUCUUACCACUAGUUUCAGUAGAUGACAAAGAACUCACACAGUAGGAAGACUAUAAAAACAUGGAUUGUAGAAAGAGCUUCCAAGUCAGCAGUCAACUUAGUUCCCAUCAACAAACUCACACUGGGGAGAAACCAUUUAAAUGUAUGGAGUGUGAAAAAAGCUUCAAUGACAGGGGAUCAUAUACUCGACAUCAAAGAAGUCACACAGGGGAGAAACCCUAUAAAUGCAUGGAAUGUGGAAAGAGUUUCAGUCACAGCAGUAACCUGAAUUCCCAUCAACGAACUCACACAGGGGAGAAACCAUUUAAAUGUAUGGAGUGUGAAAAAAGCUUCAAUGACAGGGGAUCAUAUACUCGACAUCAAAGAAGUCACACAGGGGAGAAACCCUAUAAAUGCAUGGAAUGUGGAAAGAGUUUCAGUCACAGCAGUAACCUGAAUUCCCAUCAACGAACUCACACAGGGGAGAAACCAUUUAAAUGUAUGGAGUGUGAAAAAAGCUUCAAUGACAGGGGAUCAUAUACUCGACAUCAAAGAAGUCACACAGGGGAGAAACCCUAUAAAUGCAUGGAAUGUGGAAAGAGUUUCAGUCACAGCAGUAACCUGAAUUCCCAUCAACGAACUCACACAGGGGAGAAACCAUAUAAAUGCAUGGAAUGUGGAAAGAGCUUCAGUCACAGCAGUCCCCUGAGUUCCCCUCAACGAACUCACACUGGGGAGAAACCAUUUAAAUGUAUGGAGUGUGAAAAAAGCUUCAAUGACAGUGGAUCAUAUACUCGACAUCAAAGAAGUCACACAGGGGAGAAACCCUAUAAAUGCAUGGAAUGUGGAAAGAGUUUCAGUCACAGCAGUAACCUGAAUUCCCAUCAACGAACUCACACAGGGGAAAAACCGUAUAAAUGCAUGGAAUGUGGAAAGAGCUUCAGUGACAGCAGUCACCUGAGUUCCCAUCAACGAACUCACACAGGGGAGAAACCAUAUAAAUGCAUGGAAUGUGGAAAGAGCUUCAGUAACAAGGGAUCAUAUACUAAACAUCAUAGAACUCACACAGGGGAAAAACCCUAUAAAUGUAUGGAAUGUGGAGAGAGCUACAGUCAGAACUGUUCCCUGAGAUCUCAUCAAAUAACUCACACAGGGGAGAAACCAUAUAAAUGCAUAGAAUGUGGAAAGAGCUACAAUCAGAACAGUUCCCUGAGAUCUCAUCAAAUAACUCACACAGGGGAGAUACCGUAUAAAUGCAUGGAAUGUGGAAAGAGCUUCGGUGACAGGGGAUCAUAUACUAGACAUCAUAGAACUCACACAGGGCGAAAACCCUAUAAAUGUAUGGAAUGUGGAAAGAGCUUCACUCAGAGCUGUCACCUAAGUUCGCAUCUAAAAACUCACACAGGAGAGAAACCAUAUAAGUGUGCGGAAUGUGGAAAGAGCUUCAGUCUGAGCAGUAACCUGAGGAGACAUAAAAGAACUCACACUGGGGAGAAACCUUAUAAAUGUAUGGAAUGUGAAAAAAGCUUCAGUGACAGUGGAUCAUAUACUCGACAUCAAAGAACUCACAUAGGAGAGAAACCCUAAAAGUGUGCAGAAUGUGGAAAGAGCUCCAGUGAUAGGAGAUCAUAUAUUAGACAUUAAAGAAAUAACACAGGAGAAAUCGUAUAAAUGCAUGGAACAUGCAAACAGAUUCUCUAGAAGCAGUCACGUUAGUGUACAUCAAGGAACUAACAGAAGAGAGAAACUAUAUUAAUGAAUGGAAUUUGGAAAGAGCUUCAGUCACAGCAAUAGCCUUGGUUUACAUGAAAGAACUCAUAUGGGGGAGAAUCCAUAUAUGUGUAAGGAGUGAGGAAAGACCUUCAGUCAGAAACCAUUCAGUCAGAAGCCCUUGAUCCCUUUUUACAGACAGUAGCUCAAGCUGAAGUGGCCAGUGCAUCAUCUUGUCCGGCGA